CAAUAGCAGCGCUUUCUCUGCACACCCCCUCUCUUUCUGCGGUUGCAACUGUCCUCACGGAAAGACAAGUUCAACUCCCUUCCCGCCAUCCGCUUUAAAGAUAUAUUUCUAUUUUAAAGUAAAAGGCAUCCCAGGCUUGUGCACUAAAUGGAUAGAGAUGGUUGCAGACUGCUCCGUUGAAGAAAUGCAAGCCAGCAAAGACAGAACUCCAAUAAUUGAUUUAAAAGAACAAAAUCCAGACAUUGUUGAAAAUUCAGAGUCAGGUUCAGAUGAGGAAGAUUCAUCAGAAUCAGGAAAGAGUGAGUCUGAUGUCGAUGAAACAACUGCUGAGGAUGGCCAGCCAAAUAAUAAUCAAGAUGUUUCAACCACAGAACCAGCUGCAGAAGACCCAUCUCUGCUAACACUGACAUCAGAAAACUGCAGAACCGAAGAAACAACAACUAAUCAACCAGACACAGAUUUAUACAUCAACACAUCGUGUCCCAGCUGUAACUGUCAAACGAAUCAAAGUUUUGAACAAGUACCACCUAGGCAGAUCUCAAAAGACCGUUUUUAUUUGAAGUUGGACCAGGAAGGAAGCUAUCAGUGUGUUGCCACUGGUCUCAUAUUUGAAGUGACUGGAAAAGUUGACAUAGUUUACUCAAUUCUGUCUUGGUAUAAGUAUGAUACAUUUCUGGACGAAAAAUGGAAGAUUUGUGGCCCACUGUUUGAGGUGAAAACUGAUCCAGCCAUUCUUGAGGGGGAAAAUGAUCCAGCCAUACUUGAGGUGAAAAAUGAUGCAGCCAUGCUAAAGAGCAUUUAUUUCCCUCAUUCCCUCUGUUUGGCCGACCGUUCAGCUGAUAUAAAAUUUGGAAUUUUACACAUAAAGGACAAGAAACACAUAAUAGAGCCAGCUGUUGACCAUUCAACAACACACGUACAUUGGAAUGUGAGCUCCUUAUCGCCGGUUGGACCAAUCUGUAAUACUAGUUCUGAAAACAUUCAACAUCAUGGUGUUGUGCUGAUUUACAAAAUUAUUAACAGCUACCCGUCGUUAUUAUUUCAUGUGUACAUGGCAACAAACAAUCACUCUGUUAUUAAGGAUAUUGGAAAGGCUGAAAAGUACUCAAAACAUAAAUCUAUAAAAAUUGAUAAACCUCCUCAGUGCAAUAAAAAGCUAAUUACUGGCAAAACAUAUCGACUCCUGAGUGACCCACAAGCUGAAAUAACACCAGGGGAAAUUGAAUUUGAAGAUAUAGCUGCUCUUAAAUGUAAAGGCUAUUUUGAAGUAUUUUUGGAACAACCAGGAGAUUUUCAACUAACCUUAAUGGAUAUAGAUUCAGGUGAAACAAUGUGGUCCUCAAAACUGCGGGAGUGUGACUGGGCACACCAUGACCAGAAUGAACAAGGAAAACCAAGAGACACUAACAAAAACAGGAGAAGGAAAUCUGGCAUUGAAAAUAUCAUGGAAGAGAACAGUUCAAAAAGACUGCGAGGGAACGAUACAACUGAUGGACCACCAUGCAAUAAGAAUAACAUUAUCACUGAGAAGCAGUUAAUGCAGUUUGCUGAAAAACUGGGGAGCAAUUGGCAAAUCUUUGCAAUUAGUUGCCUUGAUCUGCAAUCCCAAGAUAUUGAUAAAAUUAAGGACCAAAAUGCACCACCUACAAUGCAAAUAUUCUACAUGUUGCAAAAAUGGAAAAAUAAGGAAUCGGACAAUGCAACACCUUCCAAUCUUCGAGAAAAACUUAUAGGUGCGAAUAUUGAUCCUGAUGCCAGGAAUCUCCUGGAAGGUUUCUGUAAUCCCUAAAGUUGUAUGAAGAACAGGAUGAGCAGACAAUGUGAGGAAACAUCUUUAAGAACCAUGAUGUAAACUCUGCCACAAUUAGUUGCAGUUUGCUUACUUGCAAGUUACAUUUUUACAUUGUCCAUUUUGUAAAAAACAAGAAGAAUUUUGAUGAAAAUGUAAUUUUACACUAUUAUCUGAACGAAGCAACUCAAUGGAGAAAUUGCUUUUACAAGCACACAAAAUAAAAUCGGCACAUGUAGAUAUUUCUGCUUUCAAAAUGUAGAACUUUGCCUAUCUCUUACAUGCAAUAAGCAUCACUUGAAUAUAAUGUAAAGUUUUCUAGAUUCUUAAAAAGAAAAAUCUGGUGUAAAUUGUGGUCAUAAAAUGUGGAACAUUUGUACAAAGCUUUGAGUACUUGGAGCCUACUUUUAUAUAUAUUUAGAAUUACAGUUGCAUAGAAUAAUUUUUUUUCACAGGAUAAUUACAACAAUCAACUUUUCUAUGAAGCAGUAAUUUCUUUCUUUCUAAUUCAAACCUGGACAAACUACAGACCAAAUGCAGCCCUGGGGACAUUGUUGAGUUGCUUUUAUAGCAUUUCCUUACCAACAGAGGAUUGGCAUAUGACAGAGAAUCAUCCUCUUGUGGAGAUGUCCUCUCUGGACUAACCUGGGGAUGUGCGUUCGUACAUACAAAACAACAAACUGGCCAACACAGAUGGUUUUUGCAUCAGGGAAUACUGAAGAUCAUGUCAGUUCACUGCAAGAUAGUACCAUGGAAAUGUCAGCAUAGCAGGACCAAUAGGAGAUGGCAUUAAGUGCCAACAUGAUUUCUGUCAUGUGCAUCACCAGUGAAAAACAGAUAGCUUUUAAGUUCUUCAAUCAAAAUCUUCAACAAGUAGAUGGGCAACCACUCCUGAGAAUUCAUUUUAAAAACAGUCUUCAAACUGGAAUUCCAGAUUCAGUAGAUAAUAUCCAAGAGACAAAGAGUUGUACAGCAUGGAAACAGAUCCUUCAGUCAAACUCGUUCAUGCUGAUCAGAUAUCCGAUAUUAAUCUAGUCCCAUUUGCCAGCAUUUGGUCCAUAUACCCAUCUAAGUGCCUUCUAAAAGUUGUAAUUGUACCAGCCUCCACCACCUCCUCUGGUAGCUCAUUCCAUACACACACUGGCCUCUGCAUGAAAAUCUUCCCCUUAGGUCCCUUUCAAAUCUUUCCUCUCUCACCAUAAACCUUUGCCACCUAGUUUUGGGCUGCCCCACAUGGGGGAAAGGACCUUGGCCAUUCACCUUAUCCAUGUUCCUCAUGUUUUAUAAACCUGUAUAAGGUCACCCCUCAGCCUCCGACACUGCAAGGAAAAUAGCCACAGCCAAUUAAGCCCCUCCCUAUUCCUCAAACAUUCCAACCGUGGCAACAUACUUGUAAGUCUUUUCUGAACCCUUUCAAGUUUCACAACAUUUUCCUAUAUCAGGGAGAUGAGAAUUGCAUGUAGUAUUCCAAAAGUGACUGAACCAAUGUCCUGUACAGCUGCAACGUGUCACCCUAAAUCCUAUACUCUACGCACUGACCAAUAAAGGCAUGUUCUUGGAUUUCUGAGUAUUGCAACAAAGUUACAAUUGUUAGAGCUUAAUAAAUAUUUGUUCAU